AUGGAAAACUUACUAUCGCCGCACGUCGACUCGCUCGACGCUCCUCAACUCACCAUCUCCCCCGCAGACACCUCGCUCAGCAGCCCUGCCCCUGAGGUCGACCUGGAUGUCGACCUCGAGGUGGACGCCGAGCUCGAGGACAUCGACGGCGAUAUCGACAUCAAGGACGAAGAUGAGAACAAGUCAGACGAGAAGAAGCCUGUCAAGAAGAGAAAGUCAUGGGGCCAGGAACUGCCUACCCCAAAGACCAACCUUCCGCCUCGAAAACGAGCAAAAACAGAAGAUGAAAAGGAACAACGCCGCAUCGAGCGUGUCCUUCGCAACAGAGCCGCCGCACAAACAUCGCGCGAGCGGAAACGCCUCGAGGUCGAGAAACUCGAGGGCGAGAAGAAACGCAUGGAACAACAAAACCAGUUCCUGCUCCAGCGCCUCUCACAAAUGGAGACGGAAAACAACCGACUGAACCGCCAGGUUGCCCAGCUCUCCGCCGAAAUCCGCGGCUCGCGCGGCACCACGCCCAAGUCGGUCGUGUCCGACCUGGAGUCGCCGACCCUCACACCCACCCUAUUUAAACAAGAACGUGACGAACUCGCCAUGGACAAGAUCCCCUUCCCUACCCCUUCCCUCACAGACUACUCGCCCAGCCUGAAACCAACUGAUCUGGCCGAGGCCUCCGAUAUGACACAACAUCCUGCAGCGGUGUUGUGCGACCUGCAGUCUGCAAAUGACCUUGCAGCUCCUCUGUCUGACGAUGACUUCCGCCGCCUAUUCAACAGUGAUUCUCCCGCUGCUUCAGAUUCUGAGCUCUAUGAAAGCGGGCUCCCCCUUGACUUUCUCGACGGAGGAGACAUGCCGACAUUUGCCUUUGAUUCAUUGGUUGAUUUCGACCCCGAGCCUGUCCCCCUCGACUCGUCGGUCGUCGGUCUUUCGGAAGAGAGUGCUCAGCAGACUUCUGGCAUGCAGCCCAGCCAUGGCGCGUCCACUUCGAGAUGCGACGGGCAAAGCAUUGCAGCUAGCGGUUAG